GGAAAUGAGAAACCCCCCAAAACCAAACCCCGUCUCCCUCAUUCCCCGGAAAACGAAAACUCAUAUGCUCCUCCUAAACCCAACCUCACCCUCUACCUCCUUCUAGGGUUUCCAAUUUCCCCCAAUUUCAAAUUCCCCAAUCCCUCCAUUAAAAAUGACUACUUUACUCUCCUUCCACCCCACGCCACUCCUCCCCCGCAACCCUCUCCUCCCCCGCACCCACCACCACCACCGCACCACCCACUUCCUCCGCCCCUCCUUCCCCGUCGCCCGCCUCAAUUUCGGGUCGGGUCCAAUCCCCGACCCGGACGAAUUCAAGGAGCUCCUCACCAAAGCCGAGAGCUUGCUCUACACGGUGGCCGACGCGGCGGUCUCUGCCCAGUCGUCGACGGAGAACCUAACCAGUACGAAGCAGAGCAGCAACGAUUGGCUGUCUGGGAUUACGAACUACCUGGAAAGCGGGCUCAAGGUUUUGAAGGAUGGGCUUUCGAGUGUUCAUGUGCCUUACUCGUAUGGAUUCGCCAUUAUAUUGUUGACUGUUAUUGUUAAAGCUGCGACCUUUCCUUUGACGAAGAAGCAAGUCGAGUCGACUAUGGCUAUGAAGUCGUUGCAGCCUCAGAUAAAAGCUAUACAAGAACGCUACGCUGGAGAUCAGGAGAGAAUUCAACUCGAGACUGCGCGGUUGUAUAAACUAGCUGGCAUAAACCCAUUGGCAGGAUGUUUGCCUACGCUUGCGACGAUACCAAUAUGGAUUGGUUUGUAUAGGGCUCUUUCGAAUGUGGCUGAUGAGGGACUCCUUACGGAAGGGUUUUUUUGGAUACCCUCGUUGGCUGGUCCUAUAACAAUUGCCGCUCGAAGUAGUGGCAGUGGUAUCUCGUGGCUCUUCCCCUUUAUAGAUGGUCAUCCACCCCUUGGAUGGUCAGACACCUUUGCAUAUCUUGUCUUGCCAGUUUUGCUGGUUGUCUCGCAGUACGUAUCUGUUCAAUUUAUGCAGGCAUCACAACCACAGACUAGUGAUCCAAACAUGAAGAGUUCUCAAGCGAUUACCAAGUUUCUUCCUUUGAUAAUUGGUUACUUUUCUCUCUCAGUUCCUUCCGGUCUAAGUCUCUACUGGUUAACAAAUAAUGUACUGAGCACAGCACAACAAGUCUGGCUUCAAAAGUUUGGGGGUGCAAAGAAUCCAAUUAGUCAACUAAGUGAUACCAUUAUAAGGGAAGAGAAACCCCAAAUUAAAAAAUCUGUCCCUGCUCUUACUUCAACCCAAAUGGAUGCCAAACAAGAAGUGAAGUUGACUUCAGAGGGUUUGCGGCCUGGUGAAAGAUUUAGAAUGAUAAAGGAGCAAGAAUCCCGAAGAAAACGGCAAAGAGAAGAAGAAAAGAGGAAACUUGAAGAGGCAGCAGACAAAGGAACUCCAAUAACUAAUGAGAUACAUGGAGAAGCCAGAUUACUUGAGAGAGAAAAUGGAGUUGCAGUUGAAGUGGUGGUUGAAAAGAGAGAAGAAGUUGAAUCUGAGAGCACAAAUCAUAAUUCCUCUAAUGGAGUUCCUGUGAACGGUUCUGGGUGCAUACAGGAUUUGAAGGAGGAUAAGGAAAUGUUAUCUGCUCAGAUGGAAAGCAGUGAAGUUUCUACUGUUCUAAACAAUGAGCACGAGUCACAUGACAUCAGAGAAAAGGAAAAGGAAGCUGUUAAAGUACAAUCUUCCACAACUACUAUGGAUAAAACAGUAUCAGGAGAAGUCAGAGAGUGACACACCAUAUUGCAUAUGCAUUCUUAAUUCGGUAUUUGAGGUGAGCUAUUCACAUUGAGAGGAUUGCUGAUCGCCAGAGUAGAAUAUGGAUGGGGUCUGAACCAAUUAAAAAUCAAUCAGGGUUGUAUAUUAUAUCAAAGAGAGCGGAGUAGGAUCUAUGAAAUUUUGGGGCUUGCACUCUGUAGUUGGAACAAGUUUUUAAAUACAUGAGCUGCAGAAAGGUUGCUUUCCUUGUUGGAGUGGGAAAAUGGAUUAGGAAACAUAGCACAUGUAUGGGAACCUUGUUGUUGAUUGUGUAGCCACACAACUUAUGAUUAUGAAUAAAUGAUAUACAAAUUCGAUCAGCUACUGCCGUGUAAGAGUUGUAUGUGUUUCGUUUUCUGUAUGUGUUUCGUUUUCUUUCACAACUC